AUGGAGCUGAAGACCUUUUGGAAGAUCGGAAGCACGUGGAACUUUGCUUGCUUGACCUACGACACGGCCUCGCCGAUCAAGAACGUCAUCGGAGCAGCUUGUGAUGGCAAAUCAACACAGCUUUGGGGAAUCCCAACGGCUGCGGAUAGACUUCAUUUGAUAGUGAACGGACUCUGCUUGACAGCUGUAGAUGUUCCGGCCAAUAACUUGACGGAUGUCUUGCACAAGAAUGUUGUGCUGGAGGAUUGUGACUCGGGUUCCAUGGCGCAACAGUUCCAGUGGCAGGACAACGGUAUCGUCAAACUGGGGACUGACGACCUCCUUUGUUUGGACUGGGAUGUUGCUGGCGUCCAUGAGAAGGGGAAUGUGCAGAUGUACACAUGCAAUGGUCAGACCAACCAGAUGUGGUAUCAGAUCCUACAGCGAGGAACAUUGCUGACAUCAUUGAUAUUCAAACCAGGGAGAGUUGAAGACCGCUGCCUCUCUUACUAUGGGAUGAAUGUGAAGGGUGGUGAUUGCGAGACAGCUCCAAGCGUGUUUCCAACCAAGACACAACGUCAUGCCCAGAUGUUUGUCGAGUUGCUCGGGCGGUUGUUCUGCCUGACCGCGUAUCCAUUCAAAAACAUCUUUUCGCGGAAUGCCACGCUCAAGUUGAUGAGGAAGAAGGAAGUGCACUUGAACCUGUGCGAUGCCAGCAAGUCUCAAGCCUUUGAGAUGACAACGAGGGCGCAGAUCAAGUUGCAGAAUGAUCCGGGUCUUUGUUUGGAUUGGAACGUCGGUGGCGUCUUUCACCGAUACGACGAAAUCUACCUCUUCGGAUGCAACUCAUAUCCCAACCAACGCUGGAUCCAGUAUGUUACUCCGAGUUUGGGAGAUAGCCAGUGA